CGCAGUCUCGUGUCAAUGCUUUGUAUUUCUAUCAUAGUCACGCUAGUCACUUUCUCCUUGUCUAGUCAGUUUAUUUGUUGAGUGCCAAGUUAUACACAUUUUAAGUUAACCUUGAUUGUCAGUAGUGUAUCAGGGUCAAGUCUGUACCUUUAAUUGUCAGUAGGGUAUCUGCAGGUUAAAGUUUGUCAUCAUGUCCUACUUGUUUACUAUCGGGUUGGAUAAGAUGAAGGGAGCGAUUCCCUUCAUGAGCAGUAUAGAUGACGUUACGGACCAGAUAAAUAGGAACACCAUGACCAGACUGAUGGUGAUGUGGGCUAUUUUAAGCACGUUUAACCAGCUGAUAGGAGCCAACAUCAGCUGUCUCAAGUUCACAAAGUUCGAUAAAGAUUUUGCAGAGCAGUAUUGUUGGACGCAAGGUAUAUACACCCACAUGGACGCGUACGACAUGCCCGGACAAACCCCGUACCCCGGGAUCGCACCCUGUGUGGGACGAUUGAACAUCAAAACAGGAAAGAUAAACUAUCCUUGUAAUGAGAAAGAAAUGUUCGAAAAGAAAGUAUUCCACAGCUGGUAUCAAUGGGUUCCAUUCUACUACAUUGCUGUUGCAGUUGCUUACUAUUUCCCUUACCUCAUUCUUAAAACAACAAAGUUGCGAAGGAUCAAGCCACUCAUAAACCUCCUGAAAGAUGAAAACAUUAUCGAUCAGCAUCCAAAGAUGGUUGUGAAGAAGGUGUCUACAUGGCUUUACAACGAGGUUGUUUACCCGAGAUACGCAACAACUUCCUCGUUUCACCGGUUUUGGGGUGACUUCAGUCUUGUUUUCGGGGUCACCGCUGUCAAGUUUUUGUACUUUGUGAUAGCAAUAGGACACAUGCUGCUUACCGCACGCAUGUUCAAGAUAGGGAACUGGAUCACGUACGGCUUGAUGUUCGGGAUGCCGACUGGAGGCUCCCAGACUCACGUGAAGGAUGUUCUCUUCCCUAAAGUGGUGGCGUGUCGUAUCGAGAAGUGGGCUGCUUCAGGCUUGGAGUUUGAAACAGGAAUGUGUACUCUGGCGCUAAAUGUGAUGUACCAAUACCUGUUCCUAGUGAUGUGGUACCUUAACGUUGCUCUUAUAUUCCUCAAUGCUAUCAGUUGGUUUUACACAAUGUUCAAGUUCCUGAACCCUAACAUAACACACAAGUGGAUUGUUAAUUCCUCCAUGAUGCAGACCACUGCUGAUUUCACACGGAUGUUCGGAUACAUUGGACCUUCAGGCCGUAUUGUGGUUGCUAAACUAUCAGAGAAUAUGAGCGGAUACAUGCUAGCUAUGGUGUCCUCUAAAGUUGUAAAGAAAAUAGAUAGCCUGCAGAGACGGAGGAAGAACAAGCCUGCCUUAGAGUUUUACAGGAUAAACGGGGCCCCGCCCGAGAUGCCCCGUCAACCCCUGAUGGAGUCCGCUGCUCUGGCGUUUGGAGUGGUUCCUCAAUGUAUGACUAAAACAAACAGUAACAUGAAUAAAGCUAACAAUAACAUUACUAUGAGACCCAGAAGUAAUACUAUGUCAUGAUGGGAGAAAACUAUUGUGCAAAAUUUGAUGUCUUUUAAUUGAUGAUAUGACAAAAUUGUUAUAUUUGAAAUAUAGUAUAGUACUAGUAGU